AUGAACUUCUCUCGUUUUGCAAUUGCUGCCGCAUUGUCAUUAAUAUGCAAUACCAGCCAGUCGUGCGCGCAGACACCGCCAGGCUUUUCUCCAGCAACCAAUAAGUCUCUUGGAGCAACCUUUGCAGGUACAAAUGCAGCUCUUGGUGGUUCAGUCCCGCUCAGCGAGACGAAAAUUCCUCCACUGAUUACGGCUGUAGAGCCCCUCAAUACAUCUUCGUCCCACAUAGUAAUGAUGGUAGACCUCGACACUCCCGGCGGUGCCUCUAACAGAAGCCUUGCUCCUUACUUACACUGGCUCUUUACGGUGCCCAAGGGAGUCACGCAGCUAUCUAACGAAACAAAUUCGACCUCAAUCGCGCAGUAUGUUGCACCAGGACCUCAUGUCGGUGAUGGCCCACACCGAUAUGUCAUUCUUCUCUUUGUAAAUCCGAGUUCAUCUUUCACCAUGCCAGCAAGCUUCCGGAAUCGCAACUUGACCGAUCUGUAUGGCCGUGUCAUCUUCGAUGUCAACAAAUUUGCCACGGAGGGUCAUUUUGAUGUUGUUGCCGCUACUUGGUUCGAGACGGAGAGAAAAACAGUUGUCCCCAUCACCUCAGCUGCUAACUUGGACGGCGUGGAUUCGAUGGCAUUAUUUCCUUACAUGACUUCUUUGUUCAUUAGUCGUCUCGACAAGCCAGAGAGCCACAUCGAGUGCAAACCUAUAUCAGAAUCACGAGAGAUCAAUGUGCUUGGGCUCCACGGGGAGUGUGGUUGGAAGGCUGGAGUUCCUAGAGCCUAUAGCUUGAUUUGA